AUGAAUGUUUUUUUAAUGAAGAUAAGAUUUUUAUCACAAACAGAUGAAACUUCCUGUAUAUUAGAUCAACAAAAUGGUAAGGUAAAAGAAAAUCAAGGUAAUUCACCUAAUGAGAUAGUUAAACUUAAUAAUGAAAUUCAAGUAUUUAUGAAUGAUACUUAUAAUGAAGUUAAUUUUUAUCUCGAAAACCAAGAAAUUAAUAAUUCUACAGAAAAAUGUGAAAAGUCAUCCAAAUAUAUAUAUUGGAAAGGAAUGGACUACGUUAAUUUAAUAUUAAAUAAAGAAAAAAAUUAUAAUAUCUCAAAUCUUGUUGACUGCUGGAAUGAUAAACAAGAAUCUUUUAAAACACAUAUACUUAAAGAAACAAAUUCAACGUGUAAUUUUAGAACGUUUGAUUAUUGUGCUCUUUUGAAUAAAAAUAAUAAAUGUUCUAGUCCUUAUGAAAAUAACAAUCUACUAAAAAGCACAUCAUUAACAUAUGAACAACUCAAAGAUGACAAUUAUGAUAAUAAUAAAACUUAUAUCAUUGAUAUAAGGCGUUCUCAAUUUUACAAUAUUACUUAUGAUAUGUUUAAUUACUAUUUCAAAAUGUAUGAAAAUGAUAGGUCUGAACUUAAUUGUGGAAAAUGGAGUAUGUAUGUAUAUAAGAGAGGAAAACAAUUUGUUAAUAUGAUGACAAAUGAAAUUAAUUCCGAUGAACCUUAUGUGCAAAAUUAUGUUAAUGUAUGGAAUUCUUUUAGUCAAAGUUUGGAACAAUAUACAUUAGAUGAGACACAAAAUCAAUGUAAUAUGACAGCAUUACUUCAUAAAAUUAAUGAGAGAGAAAAUUCAGAUAAUCCGUAUGAUUUAUCAUGGAUUAAAUUAGAUAAGAAUCAGAAAAAAAAAAAUGAAACUUUAGGUCUUAGGACCUCAUUACCAUAUAAUAUACAAUCCACAAAUCGAACUACCAAUGUUUCAGAUGAUGCUGCUGCAAUGAAUUCAAUAGAUAAUAGUACGAGUAAUAAUAAAAUCGCUAUAAAUACACAUAUAAAUACUACUUUAGAACCAUUAAUUGUAGAAGAUCAAACUAUGCAUGAAACUAUAACUACAAUUUCUUCAGAUGUUACAACACAACCUAAUUUUUUAACUUCAGGUUCUACGCCUAGAUAUGACUUGCAUACAACUGAACCAUCAGCUUCAACUUCUUCUAUAAGUGGUGAUACGUCUUCUGCAAGUAGUAAUACAUAUUCUUCAAAAGAUAGCUCUAAACAUACAAUUAGUGUUGAGCCCCCAACUAGUAGUACAACUUUUUUAACAACUGAGUAUCAACUUUCACCUUCUGUAAAUAUAGUUGAACCUAAUGAAAAUGAUUCUACGUCUCCUCCGGAUGAUAAAACUACACUCCCUACUAUCACCGUUCAUCCAUUAACUAACAAUACUACACCUUUUAAAACUAAUAUUACAACUACUACAAAUGGGUCUUCAUCUUCUCCUAAGACAGAAUUUCCCUUUACAACAAUGUCUUCUAUGGAUCCAAAUUCAUCUUCCUCAAAUAUUUCUACAACUCCUAUAACUAAACCUACAUUAAAUAGCGCAGUAGUAUCUACAAAUAAUUCAAUGUCCACUGCAAAAGAUAACACUAUUCAUCCUACUAUUAGUAGUAAAUCUUCUACAUAUAUUAAUAGAUUUUCAUCUAUGUCUGAUAGUAAUUCUAAUAGAACAUUAUCUACAUCUUUAGAAUCUAUAAUUUUCAACACAACUAAUAAUGUAACUAAAUCUCCUAUAACAAAUAGUGGCAUAUCAUCAUUGGGAAUAAAUAAUACUAUAACACAGAAUCCGCAAAAUACAUCAAAUUCUUUCAUACUAGCUAAACAAAUUUUACCUUUAAAUAAUACUCAAAAUAGCACAUUAGGAAAUAAUGCAAGUGCCAAUCAUUCGAAUUUCAUAGUUCCAAAAAAUACCAUUAAACCAACCAAAUCAGAUAAUCCCAUUAAUGAUACACCUGAGAUUACACCUACAGGAAAUGUAUUAAUAACAAUCGUUCCAGUAGGUAUAUUCAUUUUGGGAAUUAUUUUCCUUUUAAUUCUUCUCUGUAAAUACACUUUUAUUGGAUCUUGGUUUCGCAAGCGUAAAUCAAAGAAAAAAAAAAUAAGAAAAAAGAUGAAGGAAAUUUCAAAGGAACCCUUACUAAUGUCUUUAAAUGAUAUGGAGAGUGAACCGAUAUAUAGUGGAAAAUAUUCGUUAUUGAACCAUGAAAAACAAAUGCCUUUAUGUGAGAUUAUUUUAGAAAGUGAAAGAAAUUUGAAAUAUAGACAGAUGAAAAAAUCAAAGGAAUGUGGAGAUAAACGCGUAUGUGAAGUUGUAGAAGAAGUAUCAAAGUACAAAAAUGAACUUCCAAUAAAAGAGGAAAAAUUAAAUGAAGAUGAUUCUAAAAAUGAAAUUGAAGAAGGUGAAUUAAAUAAAAAUAAAUCUAGAAGUAAAAUUAGAAAAGAAAAAUUGAUUAAAAGUGGAUUAAAAAAAAAUGCGGUUCAUAUUGUAGGAUACAUCAGGGAAAAUACAUUAAAUGAAGAAGAAACAAAUGAAAUAAAUGUAAAAUCUGAAAAAUCUACAUAUGAAAAUGAAAUGAAAAAUUCAGAAAAUAAAACGUCAUUCAUGGAUGAAGCGUGCAACUGGAAUACAUGGGCAAAUAUACAUAUUAUAGCAUUACUAGAGUGUAAAAAAGAAGAAUGGGAAUUGAUUAAAAAUGAAUUUUUAAGAAUUUGCAUAGAAGAGUUUGAAAAAGAUGAAGAAACUACUUAUCUAAAAGAAUUGGGAAAUAAUUUAGUAAAGAAAGGAGAAGAAGAAAGUAGUACAGUUGUAACAGAAAAAAAUAGUAGUAUUCCAGAGAAAUGGAAAAAAGAAGAAUGGUUUAUUAAUUUGAAAGAGGAAUGGAAGAAAGAAGAAGAAAAACAUUUAGAAUAUUUAAAAGAACAAGAAAUUGAGAAAAUAACAGUAGAAGGAAUAAGAAGUAUAGUGUUAGACAAAAAAAAAGAAGCAUGGAAGAAGUGGAUAGAAAAGCAAAGAGAGCGUUCGAAUGAGUAUAAAAAGCAGGAUUGGUUUAAAAAGAUAUUAGAUGAAUAUGAAAAAGAAGGAAUUCAUAAAAAUAUAAAGGAAGAAAGAACUGAAUAUAAAAGUGUAAAAAAACGAGAGAAACAAAAAGAUAAUAAAAUAAAUAAAUAUGAAACGAAGAAAAUUUUGACACAAAAAAUGCUAAUAGAUAUACAUAUGAUGCUGUUAGAAGAAUGUAAAAAGGAAGAAUUAGAAAAAGAAAAAAAUGAAUUUUUUAAAACAAACAUAGAAGAGUUAGGAAUACGAGAAUAUUUAGAUGAAGUAAAUAUAUUAGAAAAAAUAGAAGAAGAAAGAAGUUGGAAUUCUAUAUUAGAGAAAAAAAAAGAUGAAAUGGAAAAAUGGAAAAGAGAAAAAUGGUUUAUAGAGUUAAUGUUAGAAUGGAAAAAUAAUGAACAGAAAUAUGUAGAAGAAUUAAAUAAAAAAAUGUUGGAAAAAAAAGAUGAAGAAAUAACAACAAACAUUGCAUUAGAAAGGCAAAAAAUUAUAUGGAAAAAACAUUGGGAUGAUAUUCGUAAAAAGUGGAUAGAAAAUGAUAACAGAGAAGAAUGGUUUACAAAAUUGGUUGAUGAAGUUGAAAGUAAAGAGAAUGAAUAUAGAAGUGAAAUUACUAAAAAGAAUAUAGAAAUGAAAAAGGAAAAUGAAAAAAAUAGAGAAAAAGGUGAAUCAAUAAUAGAGAUUAAUAGAAAAGUAAAAGAAGUGAAAAAAUAUGAAAAGACUCAUCUAGAAGAUACAGAUGAAAGGAUUAAUUCCAUAAUGAUGAAAAAAAAAUUAAUGUGGAAGACUAUAGUAGAAAUACAUAUGAUUGUAUUAGAGGAAUGUAAAAAAGAGGAGUGGAUGUUGAAUAGAGGAAAAUUUUUAGAAGCCUGCUUAGAAGAAUUUAAAAAAGAAGAAAAAGAGAAAUAUACAAAAAAAAUAGAAAAUGAUUUAGAACUAAUGGGAGAAGAAGAAGAAAACAUUAGUACAAUAAUGUUAGAGAAACAAAAACUCCUUUGGAACAAAUGGGUAGAAAGAAAUAAAAGUAUGUUAGAGAAAUGGAAAAGAGAAGAAUGGUUUAUUAAUUUAAAAAAAGAAUGGGAAAAUGAACAAAAAAGUUACGGAGAAACAAUAAAUGAAUCAGAAAUAAUAGAGAUUAAUGUUGGGGAAAAUCCUAUGUUAGAAAAACAAAAAAAAAUAUGGAAACAAUGGCUAAAAAAACAAAGAAAAUGGUUUAUAGAGCAUAGUAAAGAUAAAUGGUUUAAUGAUUUGUUAGAUGAAUAUGAAAAUGAGGAAGAAUAUAAAAAUGAAUUAACAAAAAGAAAUGUGAAGAAAAAAAACAAAUUUCAUAAAAAUAUAGAGAAAUCAGAACAGGAUAUAAAUUAUGGAGUAGAAAAAGCUAGAAAAAGGAAAAAGUUGAUACAUAAAGUGUUGAUAGAAAUACAUAUGAAGGUAUUAGAGGAAUGUAAAAAGGAAGAAUUAGAAAAAGAAAAAAAUGAAUUUUUUAAAACAAACAUAGAAGAGUUAGGAAUACGAGAACAUUUAGAUGAAGUAAAUAUAUUAGAAAAAAUAGAAGAAGAAAGAAGUUGGAAUUCUAUAUUAGAAAAAAAAAAAGAUGAAAUGGAAAAAUGGAAAAGAGAAAAAUGGUUUAUAGAGUUAAUGUUAGAAUGGAAAAAUAAUGAACAGAAAUAUGUAGAAGAAUUAAAUAAAAAAAUGUUGGAAAAAAAAGAUGAAGAAAUAACAACAAAUAUCGCAUUAGAAAGGCAAAAAAUUAUAUGGAAAAAACACUGGGAUGAUAUUCAUAAAAAAUGGAUAGAAAAUGAUAACAAAGAAGAAUGGCUUACAAACUUAGUUGAUGAAAUUGAAAGUAAAGAGAAUGAAUAUAAAAGUGAAAUUACUAAAAGAAGUAUAGAAAAGAAAAAGGAAAAUGGAGAAGAUAGAGAAAAAUUUGAUUCAAUAAUAGAGAUUAAUAAUAAAAGAAAAGAAAAAGUAAGAAAAUACGAAGAGAUCCAUCUAGAUGAUGCUGAUAAAAAGAUUAAUUCUAUAAUAAUGAAAAAAAAAUUAAAGUGGAAAACCAUGAUAGAAAUACAUAUGAUUGUGUUGGAGGAAUGUAAAAAAGAGGAGUGGAUGUUGAAUAGGGGAAAAUUUUUAGAAACCUGUUUAGAUGAAUUUAAAAAAGAAGAAAAAGAGAAAUAUACAAAAAAAAUAGAAAAUGAUUUAGAACUAAUGGGAGAAGAAGAAGAAAACAUUAGUACAAUAAUGUUAGAGAAACAAAAACUCCUUUGGAACAAAUGGGUAGAAAGAAAUAAAAGUAUGUUAGAGAAAUGGAAAAGAGAAGAAUGGUUUAUCAAUUUGAAAAAAGAAUGGGAAAAUGAACAAAAUAAUUACGGAGAAACAAUGAAGGAAUCAGAAAUAAUAGAGAUUAAUGUAGGAGGAAAUCCUAUGUUAGAAAAACAAAAAAAAAUAUGGAAACAAUGGCUAAAAAAACAAAGAAUAUGGUUUAUAGAGCAUAGUAAAGAUAAAUGGUUUAAUGAUUUAUUAGAUGAAUAUGAAAAUGAGGAAAAAUAUAAAAAUGAAUUAACUAAAAGAAAUGUGAAGAAAAUAAACAAAUUUCAUAAAAAUAUAGAGAAAUCAGAACAAGAUAUAAAUAAUGGAGUGGAAAAAGCUAGAAAAAGGAAAAAGUUGAUACAUAAAGUGUUGAUAGAAAUACAUAUGAAGGUAUUAGAGGAAUGUAAGCAGGAAGAAUGGAAAAAAGAAAAAGAAGAUUUUUUUAAAACUAUUAUGAAAGAGUUAAGAAUACGAGAUAAUUUAGAUGAAGAAGUAAACCUAUUAGAAAAAAUAGAAGAAGAAAGAAGUUGGAAUUCUAUAUUAGAGAAAAAAAAAGAUGAAAUAGAAAAAUGGAAAAGAGAAAAAUGGUUUAUGGAGUUAAUGUUAGAAAUGAAAAAUAAUGAAAAUAAAUAUAUGGAGGAAAUAAAUGAAGAAAUACUAGUAAAACAUAACAAGGGUGGAAUUGAAAAUCCUAUGUUAGAAAGGCAAAAAAUUAUAUGGAAAAAACAUUGGGAAAAUAUUCUUAAAAAGUGGAUAGAAAAAGAUAAUUAUGAAUGA